CCAUGUCUGACUUUACUAAUGCCAGUGGAUAUGAAAAGCAGUUUGACCCUAGGCUGUAUUUGGAAACUUAUUUUCAUUUAGGAUCAGGAAGUCUUGCAGAUGAUUUCUUAAGGUUCACUCUUGGAAAUUUCCACAAGACUUUUACAGAAGGUGAUGUGAAGGGAACAACACUUAUUGAUAUUGGGACUGCUCCUUCCAUAUACCAGCUACUGUCUGCCUGUGAAUACUUUCAGGAUAUUACCGUCACAUGGUACACCAACAGAGAGCUGCAAGAACUGCAGAAAUGGUUAAAUAAAGACUCAGGAGCAUUUGAUUGGUCUUCGGUGGUAAAACAUGUAUGGGAACUUGAGGGAAAAAGAGGAAUGCUGGAAGAAAAGGAGGAGAAACUAAGAGGAAAGAUUAAACAGGUUUUACUGUGUGAUGUUAGCAAGAGUAAUCCAUUGGAGCCUGUCAUGUUGCCCAAAGUUGACUGUCUGAUUUCAACUGUUUGUCUAGAGGCUGCCUGCCGAAAUUAUGAUUCUUACAAGACAGCACUGAAGAACCUUUCUACACUGCUCAAACCAGGCGGUCAUCUGCUGAUGGCUGGAGAUUUGGGUGCCAAUUACUAUGAGGUGGGCUCUAAUAAAGUCUUCUCUCUACCUGUAAAUGAGGCAUUCCUGCGGAAAGCAGUGAAUGAAAGUGGCUAUGUUGUCAAUAAGCUGGUGUCAUUUGGGAAACCAGAAGAUGUUGGAUAUGAUACUUCAGAUUACGAAGGAUUUUACUUUCUUCAUGCACAGAAAUGCUAGUUUGGUAAUUUUAUCAUAUGACAUGUUCUUGUUAAUUUUAUCAUCUGCCUAAUAGUUUUGUUGUUUUAUCACAUGACAACUAUAUCAAAUUAUAAGCUAACUGCAUUCCUUACUUCCAUUAACCAUGAUUAAAGUUUUAUAGCAA